AUGAAGACUGUCUUCGUCCCUUCAGCAAGAACACGACCGAUGAAAACGAUUGUUCUGGCAUUGUCAAUGAUGCAAAUGCUCGCAUCUACAGUACAAGGAGAGUCACUAGGUCUUGUGGAGCAACCUUUUGGACAUCCUUAUAUCCACCAGCAUGGGCAUCACACAGAGAACCAUCCAGCACAGCCCGAUGGCAAUCAACACGAUCACGGCCACCAUCAUCGGCAUUCCAAGAAACGUGGCUCCAAAAAAAGCGGAAAACGUUAUCAUCCAUGGAAUGGAAACCAUUUGCAUUCUAUUCAUGGCAAACAUGGCAAGCGACAAGGACCGGACAAGAACCACCAUUACGAGCACAGUGAUCUUCAAAAGAAUGACAACAAUCACGAUUCUGACAGCCAUACCAUUUUGUCGGCAGAAUCAUUCGACACGAAUCCACUGCAUUCGCCCAUGUCGGAAUCUUCUGUGUCCUCCACUAAUUCAAGCUCUUUGUCAUCCUCCUCCUCCUCCUCCUCUUCCAACGCAAAGAACGAACAGGCGUAUGACAAGGGGGCUGACACCACUCUUUCUACUACAAGUAAGAACACGGACAAAGCAUUAUCCAUGAGCGACAUGAAGGUUGAAACACUGAAAAUUUCGCAAGCUAAAACAUUGUUGCAAACCAGGAUCGAAACCGAGACAAGCAAGUAUCAUCCUGAUUCGAUUGAAAUAAAUGUCAUUUCCUUGCACGACGAAAAACAUGGCGGAUGA